AUGAAGCACAAAGCACCGGACUCAGGCAUCCCAGAACUAACUCAGCUCCGACUGGUGAAUGGCCCAAGUCGCUGUGCUGGGAGAGUCGAGGUGCUUCACAACCAGCAGUGGGGAACCGUGUGUGAUGACAGCUGGGAUUUAACUGAAGCCAGAGUCGUAUGCAGGCAUCUGGGCUGUGGAACGGCGUUAUCAGCCCCACGUGGGUCUCGGUUUGGACAGGGAACUGACCAUAUCUGGCUGCAUGAGGUAAACUGCACAGGGACAGAAGCCACCCUCUCCGAAUGCAGGGCUAGGCCUUGGGGAGAGCAUAAGUGUAACCACGUAGAAGAUGCUGGUGUUGUGUGCUCAGGUAAGCCUCAUCUCUUCUACCCAGGUCCUCUCCAACUGGUGAACGGCCCCAAUCGCUGUGCUGGGAGAGUCGAAGUGCUUCACAACCACCAGUGGGGAACCGUGUGUGAUGACAGCUGGGAUUUAACUGAUGCUGGAGUCGUGUGCAGGCAGCUGGGCUGUGGGACAGCAUUAUCAGCCCCAGGAGGGGCUCCCUUUGGGAGAGGUUCUGACACCAUCUGGAUGGAUGACGUUAACUGCACAGGGACAGAAGCUGCCCUCACCGAAUGCAGGGCUCGGCCUUGGGGAAAAAAUAACUGUCACCAUGGAGAAGAUGCCGGUGUUGUGUGCUCAGGCAUUUCAGCAGUGGUUCCACUCCGACUUGUGAAUGGCCCAAGUCGCUGCGCUGGGAGAGUCGAGGUGCUUCACAACCAGCAAUGGGGAACCGUGUGUGAUGACAGCUGGGAUUUAACUGAGGCCAGAGUCGUGUGCAGGCAGCUGGGCUGUGGGACUGCAUUAUCAGCCCCACGUGGGUCUCGGUUUGGACAGGGAACUGACCGUAUCUGGCUGCAUGAGGUAAACUGCACAGGGACAGAAGUUGCCCUCUCCGAAUGCAGAGCUAGGCCUUGGGGAGAGCAUAACUGUAAUCACGUAGAAGAUGCUGGUGUUGUGUGCUCAGGUAAGUCUCAUCUCUUCUGCCAUAACCCAGGUCCUCUCCAACUGGUGAAUGGCCCCAAUCGCUGUGCUGGGAGAGUCGAGGUGCUUCAUAACCAUCAGUGGGGAACUGUGUGUGAUGAUGGCUGGGACUUAACUGAUGCUGGAGUUGUGUGCAGAGAGCUGGGCUGUGGAACGGCGUUAUCAGCCCUAGGGGGGGCUCACUUUGGGAGAGGAUCUGACACCAUCUGGCUGGACGACAUUAACUGCACAGGGACAGAAGCUGCCCUCACCGAAUGCAGGGCUCGGCCUUGGGGAAACAAUAACUGUCACCAUGGAGAAGAUGCCGGUGUUGUGUGCUCAGCCCUUCCACAUCUGGCUCAGGUGCGAUUGCUGAACAGCCCAAGUCGCUGCGCUGGGAGAGUCGAGGUGAUUCAUAACCAGCAGUGGGGAACCGUGUGUGAUGAUGGCUGGAACAUAACCGAUGCCGGAGUCGUGUGCAAGCAGCUGGGCUGUGGGACGGCGUUAUCAGCCCCAGGAGGGGCUCGAUUUGGACAAGGAUCUGGACCAAUUUGGCUGGAUGAGGUUGACUGCACAGGAAUUGAAGCUUCCCUCUCCGAAUGCAGGGCUAAGCCUUGGGGGGAUCAUAAUUGUCACCACAGAGAAGAUGCCAGUGUGGUGUGCUCAGGCAUCUCAGAAGUGGCUCAGCUCCGACUGGUGAAUGGCCCGAGUCGCUGCGCUGGGAGAGUCGAGGUGCUUCACAACCAGCAGUGGGGAACCGUGUGUGAUGACAACUGGGACAUAAUUGAUGCUGGAAUCGUGUGCAAGCAGCUGGGAUGUGGGAUAGCGCUAUCAGCCCCAGGAGCAGGUCGAUUUGGGCGAGGAUCUGACCGUAUCUGGCUGGAUGAUGUUCAGUGCAAAGGGACAGAAAUUGGCCUUUCUGAAUGCAGGGCUCGGCCUUGGGGAGACAAUAACUGUCACCACGGAGAAGAUGCUGGUGUUAUUUGCACAGACUCCGGCAUCUCUGAAGUGACUCAGCUGCGACUGGUGAAUGGUUCGAGUCGCUGCGCUGGGAGAGUCGAGGUGUUUCAUAACAAGAAGUGGGGAACUGUGUGUAAUGACAGCUGGGACCUACAGGAUGCUGGAGUCGUGUGCAGGCAGCUGGACUGUGGGACAGCAUUAUCAACUCCUGCUGGAGUUCACUUUGGGCGAGGAUCUGACCAUAUCUGGCUGGGUAAUGUCAACUGCACAGGGACAGAAGCUGCCCUCUCCCAAUGCAGGGCUAGGCCCUGGGGAGACAGUAACUGCACCCAUGAAGAAGAAGCCGGUGUUGUGUGCUCAGGCAAUUCAGAGAAGACUUCGCUCCGCCUGGUGAACGGCCCGAGUCGCUGCGCUGGGAGAGUCGAGGUGCUUCACAACCAGCAUUGGGGAACUGUGUGUGAUGAUGACUGGAACCUACAGGAUGCCAAUGUUGUGUGCAGGCAGCUGGGCUGUGGGACAGCAUUAUCAGCCCCAGGUGCGGCUCACUUUGGGCGAGGAUCUGACCCCAUAUGGCUGGAUGACGUUCACUGCAUAGGAACAGAAGCUGCCCUCUCCGAUUGCAGGGCUCGGCCUUGGGGAAACUAUAACUGUCACCAUGGAGAAGAUGCUGGUGUUGUGUGCUCAGACUCAGGCAUUUCAAAGACUCAGCUCCGACUGGUGAAUGGCCCGAAUCGCUGUGCUGGGAGAGUCGAGGUGCUUCACAGCCAGCUGUGGGGAACCGUGUGUGAUGACAACUGGGAUUUAGCUGAGGCCAGAGUCGUGUGCAGGCAGCUGGGCUGUGGGACGGCGUUAUCAGCCCCAGGAGGGGCUCAAUUUGGACGAGGCACUGAUCCCAUCUGGCUGGAUAACCUUCACUGCACAGGGACAGAAGUUGCCCUCUCCUACUGCAGGGCUCGGCCUUGGGGAAUCCAUAACUGUAACCACGGAGAAGAUGCCAGUGUUGUGUGCUCAGAGCAGGCUUCAAUCCGAGUGGUUGAUGGUUCGAGUCGCUGCGUUGGGAGAGUUGAGGUGUUUCACAACCAGCAGUGGGGAACCGUGUGUGAUGACAGCUGGGACAUGACGGAUGCUGAAGUCGUGUGCAGGCAGCUGGGCUGUGGGACGGCGUUAUCAGCCCCUGGGAGAGCUCAGUUUGGGCAAGGAUCUGACCAUAUCUGGCUGGAUGAUGUUCAGUGCACAGGGACAGAAGCUGCCCUCGCCGAAUGCAGGGCUCGGCCUUGGGGACACAAUAACUGUCACCACGGAGAAGAUGCCAGUGUUGUGUGCUCAGAUGCUGGCAUCUCAGAAGUGGCUCCGCUCCGACUGGUGAAUGGCACAAAUCGCUGUGCUGGAAGAGUUGAGGUGCUUCAUAACCAGCAGUGGGGAACCGUGUGUGAUGGCAGCUGGGACUUGUCCGAGGCUGAAGUCGUGUGCAGGCAGCUGGGCUGCGGGACGGCGUUAUCAGCACCACGUGGGGCUCGGUUUGGACAAGGACCUGAUCGUGUGUGGCUGGAUGAGGUUCAGUGCACAGGGGCAGAAGCUGCCCUCACCAAAUGCAGGACUAAGCCUUGGGGAGAGCAUGACUGUAACCCCAGAGAAGAUGCCAGUGUUGUGUGCUCAGGUAACACCAAGGGCAGUAGAAGCCUGCUGCGGCUGACUAGUGGCCCAAGCCCCUGCUCCGGGCUAGUGGAGGUGCUGAUUAACAACACCUGGAGUGCCGUGUGUGAUGCCGGCUGGGGCCUGCCAGAGGCGGGGGUGGUGUGCAAGCAACUGGGCUGUGGCACGGCGCUGUCAGCCCCAGGGCUUGCUCAGUUCGGCCACGGGGCCGGCGACGUCUGGCUGGAGGGCGUGAGCUGCUCGGGUCAGGAGUCUCUCAUCAGCGAGUGCCAGCUGAGCCGGCUGGGUCCUGGGCUGUGUAGCCGUGGCUCCGAGGCCAGUGUGGUGUGUGCCGGGCAGGCCGGCUCCGGGCUGCUCUGGUCCCUGCUCCUUGGCCUGGGUGCUGUCGUGGUGCUGAUCUGCGGGGUCCUGCUCUGCUGGAGGAUGCGGCGGGACAGAGCCGCUGGAAACCCCCUGGGCCAUGUGCACCUGGAGGAGCUGGGGGCUCCAGGGACCCCGCCCCAGCCUCAGGGAGAGGCAAAUCCAGAGCCUUCCGAGGAGCCCGACAGCGAGAUGACCUGGCUGCCGACACUAAAGCUCUCCAGUGUCUUUGUGCAGCUUGGCAGCAAUGUGAAAUCUUGUUUCCAGUGCGUCCAUGACUCAGGCAUCCCAGAACUAACUCAGCUCCGACUGGUGAAUGGCCAGAGUCACUGCGCUGGAGUCGAGGUGCUUCACAACCAGCAGUGGGGAACCGUGUGUGAUGACAGCUGGAGUUUAACUGAGGUCAGAGUCAUGUGCAGGUAGCUGGGCUGUGGGACGACGUUAUCAGCCCCACCUGGGUCUCAGUUUGGACAGGGAACUGACUAGAUAGAUGAGGUAAACUGCACAGGGACAGAUGCUGCCCUUUCCAAAUGCAGGCCUAGGCCUUGGGGAGACAAAAAGUGUGACCAGGUGGAAGAUGCUGGUGUUGAGUGCUCAGAUUCAGCCAUUCCAGAUCCAGCUCCGCUCCGACUGGUGAACGGCCCAAAUCGAUGCACCGGGAGAGUUGAGGUGCUUCAUAACCAGCAGUGGGGAACCGUGUGUGACGACAGUUGGGACUUACAUGAUGCCACUGUCGUGUGUAGGCAGCUGGGCUGUGGGAUGGCAUUAUCAGCCCCAGAGGAGGCCUGGUUUGGGCAAGGAUCUGACAAUAUCUGGCUGGAUGAGACUAACUGCACAGGGACAGAAGCUGCCCUCUCUGAAUGCAGGGCUAGGCCUUGGGGAGACAAUACGUGUAACCACGUGGAAGAUGCCGGUGUCAAGUGCUCAGGUAACGUGCAGCUGGAAGAGCUGCUGACCAAAGGGACCCUAUCCCCAGACACAGAGGCCAGCACCCCCAUCAGCAGAAACAGUGUCCCCCUCAGAACCAGACAAGGAGAUGUACCAGCUGGAGGAGCAGAUGAUGCUCUCUGA